CUCGCAGUGGUCUGCAUGAAAGGCCUCGGCGGCUCGUUGAUGAUGUGGAAGCUGCACAACUCCAAAAGAUCAUUUUCUAUUCUCUGAAAUUCCAUUCGGUUUUCCUCUCUUUCCCUAUUUUUAAUUUCGAUUCAAACUCCCAGUGACGAUUAAAUCACGAGAGAGGAGUGUGAACUGCAGGGGGGAGUGUUAUUUCAGUUGCUGUCAGUAUUUACCGCAGUUUGGGUGACAUUUCAAUCAUCAGAAAUGCUGAGGACGGCUGUGGUGAGCCUCCUGGUGGUCCUGGCUGUCGCCCAUGGGAUCCCCAAGCCUGAGGACGAGGUGAAACAUCGAGUUCUUGAUCAGGACUUGAGUGACCAAGAGCACUUUGUAAAGUCCCAUCACAACCCAGAGUACGACCACGAGGCAUUUCUCGGUGAGGAAGCGAAGACAUUCAACCAAUUGUCCCCGGAGGAGAGCACCAGACGUCUAGGGAUAAUCGUCGACAAAAUCGACAAGGAUAAGGAUGGCUUCGUCACCAAGGAAGAGCUCAGAGACUGGAUCAGGUACACGCAGCAGAGGUACAUAAGGGACGACGUGGAGCGCCAGUGGAAGUCCCACAAUCCCGAGGACUUGGAGACAAUUCCCUGGACGAAAUACAAGAAGCUGGUGUACGAGUUCAUGGAUGCCAGCGACUUCGAGGCGAAGGAGAACGAUGACAAUUGGUCGUACGUUGUGAUGCUCAAGAGGGACAGGAGGAGGUGGUCUGUUGCUGAUCGAGAUGGCGACGAUGCACUCACGAAGGAGGAGUUCACUGCUUUCUUACAUCCUGAGGAGACCGAUCACAUGAAGGAUGUUGUCGUGGAGGAGACACUGGAGGAUAUCGAUAAGGAUGGGGAUGGGAAGAUCUCACUUGUUGAAUAUAUUGGUGAUAUGUACAGAGGCUCUGACGAUGAUGAAGAGCCCGAGUGGGUGAAGAAUGAAAAAGAACAGUUCACUGGGUUCAGGGAUAAAGAUAAGGACGGAUUUAUGGACACUGAAGAGGUAAAAAAUUGGAUAAUCCCUGAAGACUUCGACCACGCAGAGGCAGAGGCUCGCCACCUGAUCUAUGAAGCUGACCAAGAUGCCGACCAAAAACUAACAAAAGACGAAAUUCUCGAGAAAUACGAUAUUUUCGUCGGCUCUCAGGCGACUGACUUCGGCGAGGCCCUGGCGAGGCACGACGAAUUCUAAAAAUCCAAAACUCUCUACUUAAUCACCAGAAGAGUUUAUUCUGAUCACGUGAUAUCGAUCCACACGUCGGACCUUAAAAGGGAAUGAUAACCACGCAAAUCGUGAAAAGCAUUACUAGCUCUAGUGACACUUCUCUAGUUGUACGAACAAAAUUUUUAUAUUUUUAUGAGAAAUUGUAUUUUUAUCACUUCGUACGUCAGUCAUCGAGACCUCCGAGAGUCUUUAUGUGUAAGAUAAUGUAUUAAGUUCAUCUCAACGUGCUCUGACCAUCGAAAUGAGGAUUCAUUGAUCGAUUGGUUGAUUCAUUGUUUGAUUCAUUAAUUAUUUGUGUUGAUAAUUCACAUCCGAAAAACGAAUAAAGAAAGUUUUUGAGAA